GAAGAAGAGUCUGUUUGCAACCACGUGCAAGAAUUCAAAGAUACGUGGAACACCUUGAAAGGCUUAAUGUGAAUUUCGAGGAGGAGUUGGCAAUAGAUGGUCCUUAAUUCUUUGCCACCUUAUUAUGAUCAGGUCAUUUUGGCUUUAUCAUUUGAACAACACAGAAACCACAUUGACCCAACUCCAGAACCUGUUGCGAACGACUGAGUCAGGAAUGAAGAAGAAUCAAACUCAUACCUCUACUAAUGCCCCUGUCCUAGCCAUUGGGAAAACCAAAGGAAAGAAAAGGAAAGGUGCUCCUAAGUAGAAAUAGAAGGGCAAGGCCCAUGUUGGAUCGUCAAGCAAUGACCUAAAAGCGAAGCCCAGUUUUGACAUUCCUUCUAUUCGUGAUCCCAAAAAGACCAUUUGCUUCUAUUGUAAUGAUAAGGGCUAUUAGAAACGAAGCUUCCCCAAGUACUUGUAGGACAUCAAGGAUGGCAAGGUGAAGCCAUCGUUUGGAGUGACUAAGAGAAAGUGAAGAGGUGGAGCAUGGAAAGAUGAAUCUGAUCAUGGGCAAUAGGCGAUCUUCUCCUGUUACCAAGAUCGGAACUUAUAAUAUAAAGCUUAGUAUGUUGUUAGAUUAGAUUUAGUUAACUGUUUCUAUUCGUCAGAAAUGACAUGAAACAUUAUUUAUUUUCAUGCACUUUUUAGACAAGGUUUUCGAUAUUCGUUUAAUGAUAUGAAUGGA